GUGAAAUUCCCCUAAAUUCAAGUUUUAUAUUUCGUGUUACAAGUGGGAUUUAUCCAGCUGAAGUUUUUGCCACUACACGCUGGAUCUCAAAUAGAAAAGUGACCCACAUAACUGGCGGCUCGGACUUCGGAUAAGAAUAGCAGUACUGGAAUGUGGGAACUUCCCACGAUGUCUGAGACCCUUACAGUACCAGCGUAUGAUGUGGUAUAAACAACGCUGUGCUAGAUACUACCCUGUUUAACGUUUCUGUGUACAUAGAAGAGCUUAGGUUUAUAGUUAAGAGACGACUACUUGCCUACUCUUUGCCAUACCGUCGGUUGAGCCGUAUUUAGCAUCUAACGGAGAGGUAGGGGAGUUUUCAACGUGGCACAAACGGUCGACUGAAACCGUGGGGUUGGAAAUAUCAUUUCUGAAAUCCUUGCAUCCGACUUUUCUUCCCAGAUUUCAGGAUGUUCCGAUUUGUGGAAGACGUGGCCAUGGCCGUGCGGAUGCUCCAGAGCGGGUCGGCCGGGGGGAAGAGCGUGGGCGUCCGCAAACAGCCCGACGCGUCCCCGAGGAUAGGAGCCGACCAUGUGGCCGCCGGGUUGGACGGUAUCCUGGCUGCCUCUGUACUCUCAGAAGAGGGCAUGAAGGAUAUGAAGAAGAGGCUAGGCGCCAGGAUAAAAAUCAACGUCAGCGGUCUGAAGUUCGAGACCAAAGAUGGCGUCUUCCUCCAGCACCCCGACACACUCAUGGGAGAUGUCGCCCGUAGGCAAGAGUACUACAAUGAGGAGAAAGACGAGUUCUUCUUCGAUCGACAUCGUCCCAGCUUUGAGGCGAUUUUUCGCUACUAUCAAACAGGGAACUUGGUCCGACCUACCAACAUCCCUGUCGACAUCUUUGCCGACGAGCUGCGCUUCUUCGACCUGGGAGACGACCUGAUUCUUGACUUCUUGGACUCGGAAGGUUAUCCCGUGGAUCGGCCACUCAUGGACCUCCUGCCGGAAACCGAGCCAAAACGGACAAUAUGGCUCCUCUUUGAUUACCCCGACAGUUCGGUUUGGGCUAAAAUUGUCGGUUUUAUCUCAAUCAGUGUCAUUCUUAUCUCUAUUGCACAGUUUUGUAUCGAGACUCUUCCUCAAUACAAGAGCCAACAGGCGCUGAGCUUCCCGCCCAAUGCAACGGCUACAGAAGUGUUAGAAACAAGCGGGUUCUUCCAAGUGGAGACGGCAUGCGUCGUCUGGUUCUGCUUCGAGCUGUUGAUCCGAUUCUACGCCUCUCCCAGCAAAGUUGCGUUUGUCAAGGACGUCAUGAACAUCAUGGAUCUUAUUUCCAUCGUGCCUUACUUCGUCACCCUCGGGAUUCUCAUCGGCGAUAUCGACAUUUCGGGAAAUCAGGUAACCGUCGCGUUUGUACGAGUGCUAAAAGUGGUUCGAGUCUUCCGUAUAUUCAAACUUUCCCGCCAUUUCACGGGUAUGCAAAUUCUUGGAAAGACUCUACAUGCCAGUAUGUCGGAACUAGGUAUGCUUCUGUUCUUCCUGUCUGUCAUGACGGUGUUUUAUGCCAGUGGAGUGUACUACGCGGAGUUUGGGCACCCCAAAACUUACUACACCAGUAUACCGGAGGGUUUUUGGUGGGCUGUCGUAACAAUGACAACAGUUGGCUACGGAGACCAAUACCCCGUUUCUCUCCCGGGCAAAAUCGUCGGCUCCAUGUGCGUGGUCACCGGCCUUCUUGUCAUCGCGUUGCCCGUACCGAUCAUCGUAGAAAAUUUCAACCACUUCUAUGGAAAAGAAAAACGGAAAAGGGAACUGAAGGAGAAAGACAAGAAGGCAAAGCCGACCCUGGCGGUUAGGGUUGCCGUGCUCCUGUUCCGUAUUAUAAACAAGUGUGGCUGCCAACGUUUUCUACCUUCUCUGCCAGAGCAGGACGGCGCUGACAAAAAUGGCGCCGACCCGGACGCACCGGAUAUCCAGGUGCACGCCUUUGAUCAGGAAGUUGAAGACGAUCCUAUCGCUAAUGCCAUUGACAACGUGAGAACUCACCAACCUGAAAUUCCAACGAUGACUAUGCUUGGUCGGUUUGCGGUGCCUGUGGCGAAGUCCACGGAAAAUAUCAACUAUAUACACAGAUCGUCUGACAACAUCAACAGGGUAGUGAGAAGAUGAGGUCAAACAUGCUACGCAGGUAAAACAGUGGUGUUGCGCAGUGUACUUGUCGGUCACGGUACUUACCAGUGUAACGCUAGUACUUGUCGGCCACGGUACGUACCGAUAGGGAGUGGACAAAUCUCCCUGUAACUGUGCCUGGCAUCUGUUAUUUGAUCCCCAAUGGCGGACUCCAACAAACUAUGCAGAUUUUUCUCACCAGGAUUACAACAAUGUUGGCUAACUUCUCUUCUUCUUCUUCUUGUAAGCUUGGACAUCAUAAAUGCCACUAUUAAAGUGUAGAUAUUUUGAAUAUUAAAAGAAAGUAUUGUGCGCCCACUGCACAGAAUCCUAUCUUUUAGCAUACGUAUACAUUAAAGAAGUUUGUAAAGUUUUCUUUAAUUGGGUGAAGAAACCGGACCUUUACUCAAUACGUAAAUGCGUGCUGAAAGAUCGAAUUUCGUGCAGUGGGCUUUUUUUAAAAGAAAUAUUCUAAACGGCAAAUGUAAUAGUUUACAGUUCAUUUUAGAUAUCUAAGGGUAAGUUGAAAUAUCAACAAAGACUGGACGACAUGGAAUGAAUAUUUAGAUGGGAUUCAGAAACGUAAAUAAGUCCAUUGGCAAUUUUGUUUCUUUCGAAAGGAAUGACUGGGUUCCAAUACUAACUAUUACUGGACAAAAGCGUUCUAUCAUUCAGAUUCAAUUCUUUUCAUACACUCGUGAUUCGCACAUGAUUUUUAUUACUUAUUAGACCACUUUUAGACCAAUUUUAGUUUCUAAAAUGCUUAUCUACACAUACUUACCUCUACCUCAGUUAACACCAGGAAAGUGUAUCAUUUUCACAUCGAAAAUAUACCAAGGGAAAAAAUAUUAGUCUCUACAAAAUUGCAACUUUUUUAGGUUAGGGGUAAGCCACAGAAAAUGAAAAAGGACAAAAUGAACAAACAUAUAUUGUCGUACAUUGCAAAAACAAAUGCCGUGAAAAAUAUAUAUGUUUUGUUGUUAACAUCACUAUAACAGCAUAUAACUAGUCAAAUCAAUCCGCAAAAACUGUAAAAUCUUUGUGUUGUAUUUUUCUAAAG